AUGUCAACAAUAGCCGCCGGUGAUAAUAGUGACGAAUUCUUAAUGGCUCGGAUAGUCGAUAACGCUAAGUCAUGUCUCAUGUCUUUCCAAAAAUGCCUUAAUGAUGCCAGCAGAGCUAAGAAGGCUGGCUCGGUCAUGAUGACAAAGUCAUCCAUUGUUCGGAUCGAGGACCAGCUUGCGAGAUUCUCACUUUGGACAGCCAACCUUCGCGUCUUUAGUAUUAAUCGAGAUUCCCUUGACAGUCGUUUACGGGAAGCGCCUGAGGUUAGAUAUGCCAUCAGUAGCCUUUUAGAAACGCUCAACCACCAUCUGAAGACCUCAAUAUUUAACCAAGACGCUUCAUUUUACGUGGACUUGCGGUUAUUAACUGAGAACAUCCUCCUCUCUAUUACACCGGAUUCAAGUCUAGAGUGCACUGAGAAGUUGAUGGUUACUUUUGGUGAUUCACUUGACGGACUACGGAAUGAUAUCACCUUGCUUCAUAAGAUUUCUAACACUAUUCGCCGAGCAAGCAAAGAAACUCAAAAUAUCAAAGCUUCGGAAGAUUUCAUAAUCGAGGAUGAUGAAGGCAAUGAUACGGAGCCGUUUCUUCGACAGCUAUUCAUCAACUACAUACACGAUCGAUUUCCCGGAAUAAAUGAAGCUAUUCGUAUCCGGCUUGCAGAUUCGAUGGUCCUUCGACGCAAGAGAAUUCUUUAUCGCAGAAAACGUUAUGGAACAGCUUCAAUACGUCUUCCCGAGCCAGUGGCCAAACCUGUGAUAUCGCAUCCAAGGUUCGGUAUGAGCAAUGAUGAAACCCAUGUUGUUAAGCGAAGGGCUGUGGAAGCACCAGCUCGGAGCAAUGCACAAUCUGUAACAAAAACUGCAACAACGCUUUCCCCAGAGAAGUUUAAAAGGGCUGUUGCACCUUCUGUCAUUUCAAUCUCAAAGACUGUUGCACUCAGCGGGGCCGAGGAACUGUCCUUUCCACCUGCGCCUACAGCGAGCCUGAUGCGGAAAUACAAUAGGAUGAAGAGAGAAAUCGAAAGACAAGGAGAUGAACCCGGACUUCAGACCUCAGAGGAGAAGGGCGGAGAACAAGAAAAUAAGAGGAUCGAGCGUAUGAAGCGAAAAACAGAAUUAUCUGAGGCCUGGAAUAGUUGUGUCGAGGCAGUGGCGGAAGUCACUUGUCCAUACUGUUUCCACAUCCUUCCUAUUCGCGAUGUUAUUGACGACAAAAAUAAGUCCCGCUUCACUCGCCUUGGAAUUUUCCAAACAUGGCAAUCCACCGAUCAUAGAAGUACUAAAGCAUAUAAAAGGAUGCACGUCAAGGAUGAUCUUGAUCCCUACGUCUGCCUUUUCGAGGAAUGUGAAUCUUCAGAUCAACUGUACUCGCACAGCGGACAAUGGAUAAAACACAUGAGAGAUCAUACGUUGCGAUGGCGCUGUAAAUCGAAAGCCCAUGGAGAGUUUACCACCAAGACGAGGGCAGACUACAUUCAACACAUGAAUACUUGUCAUCCGGGCAAAUUCAAAGAUGCCCAGCUCGCCGUAUUAGCCGACCGAGGGGCUGUAACGGGUGGGCCUCUUUUCACAGCUUGCCCUCUCUGCGGUAUCGACAAGACAGAGACAUCGAUGGAAAGCCACGUUGUGAGUCACAUGCGACUUCUGGCUCUCAAAAGCUUACCGGUUGCUCUUGAUGACACAGAUGAGUGGGAGGAGAACGACGAUCAACAUGACAGUGGAGAUACCUCUCAUUCACACAGCCGGAGCACAAUCAAGGAUGCGCUUGAAGACACUACACCCCUCAGUCCACCAGUCGCUACAGAGGCUUGGAAUGAUUCGCAUGAGUACAUACAUCAAGUCCCUGGACAAAGCUCGCAUGUUUCAGAACAUGGAAAGAUGUCAUGGGUUCAUGUUCCAGUCGAACACAGUUAUAACCAAAGGGAUGAUCCUGUGCUUCCGCCUUUCAUCCAUCGUAUGUCAGAUACCGAAUACCCGACAAGCGAAGGGAACACACUGCACAAGGAUUUUCCGAGUUCACUCCAACUUGUGCCCACGACAAUGGACUCAGACUGCGCUAUUUGUGGUGCUCCAGCCGCUAUUAGUUGUAAAUGUGAGGCUAUGGCCCAGGGGCACACAAAUCAGGAGCAAACACCAAAACAAGGGCCUUGUAUGCUGGACAUCGCUGUUAGUCAAGCGGAGAAUAGAAUGAUGAGGUCAAUAUAUCAAGAGAUCAGAGACUAA